UGGAAUUGAUAUAUUUCUUCCGGCAUCCCACCAUUCUCAUCCAUUCAUCCAUUCACCCAUUAACAAAGAAAGAGAUAAAGACAAGCCAGCAAAUCAAUUAAGAUUCCCCCGUAAGUCAACCUUGCUGUCGCCUCAGAGCGCGUCAUAAUCAGCGCCAUACAUACAUGCAGCGAACAAGACUAUCAUUAUAAUCUUCCUCAUCCUCCUUUCACUUCAUCUUACUUAUCUAUACCCAUUUCCAACCAAACAGCAAUAAUCCAAUCAUGGCCUCACAAAUCCCCCAGAAGCUAAAGACAGCAGACUUGACAAGAUUCAUCGUCAAGGCAGCACAACUCGAAAAUGCCAAGCCAGUCAUAUCAUAUUGGUGUACGCACCAAAAAUCUUGUCGCAUAAUGCAAAUUUCUAUUCUAACAUUCGCAGGUGAAUUCUGGAUUGUCAAUCAGAUCCUCGCGAGAGGCCUACAUAAUGGGGAUGCGGAAACGUUACAAUACACAACUACUUUGAUGGAUAAACUCGAGAGGGUAUGACAAUUCUUUGUCUGCAAAUUCAUCAGACUGUUGUUAAAUCAUGGCAGAUCAAAUCCGAAAACCCAGAUAAUGAUGCAAUCAUGGAUGAAACUGCAGGUCAGGCAUAUGUCGAACAAUUUACCAUGGAAAUCUUCUCGAGGGCAGAUCGAGCUGUUGAAGCAAACAAGGUUACCAAGUAAUGAACUUCGAAGUACUGUUAUCAUGGAGGAAUAUGCUCACAGACUCUAGACAAACUGCAGAUACAUUUCAAGCCGCAGCAACUUUCUUCGAUCUUUUGAGUAUCUGGUCACCACCGGAUGCCGAAACUCAGGCCAAAAUCAAGUAUGCGAAAUGGAAUGCUGUGCGGAUCAUAAGGGCCUUAAAAGAAGGAAAGGAUCCUAAUGCAUCUAAUCCCAAACCACAAUCAGGUUCCAAGGAUGACCUACCAAUACUGGAUCCAAACGAUCCUGAGGUACACCAUCUUGGGGAACAGAAAGCAAAGCAACCUUCUGUGGAAGAGGUUCCUGAUGAGCAAGAUGGAUUGGAAGCAAGGUUAGCAAGACAAUCAUCCUUAGAUCGUUCUUUGCAUCCUUCCGAACAAGUCUCUGCUCGUGCGUCUCCGACCACCAAACCGGCUCCCUUUGAACCAUACCCGCGUGAUGGUUUUCCCUACACUGCAGUCCAAGAUGAAAACAUAUCACCUCUUGAGCCAUCCCCGAAAGACAGAAAUGGAUCUGUAGGUGGGGGUUAUUUCCCGGAGGUUCCAACUUUUACAUCAGAGCCUCGAGAUUCGACCUUACCAACGGCUCCCGCUCCGGAUAAUGCAUUCGAUCUUGGACUCCCAGAUACAUCUUCUCUUGGAGCUCCUGGGCAAUCCACCGGAAUGAAGCCAUCUUCUAAUCUUCAAUCGUUUCCACCUCCAACCUUACCUGGAGAACAACCAUCAACUACCGCACCUAAAGACUUUUAUCCUCAAUCACCACCAUAUGCACCGCCCACCGCCCAACAACCUACCUUCCAAUCUGGAUCUACCCAACACACAGCACCAACUAUCCCAUCAGCGCCACAAUCUCGCGGACAAUUAAACACAGACGAUGAGGCGAUUGCCAAAGCACAAAAACAUGCUAGAUGGGCAAUUUCGGCAUUGAACUUUGAGGAUGCGGAAACGGCAGUAAAGGAGUUAAGGGCUGCACUGCACACUUUGGGCGCGCAGUAAUUUUUGAAGACAAGUGACACUUUGAAAUUUGAUGUAGUUGGGUUGAUCGACGGCAGUUUUACAUAUUAUUUUGUAGUGUAGAUACCCAUUUAUUCGGCGGUAAGUACUUUCCUUAACGGAUGAUUUUGAUUUUCCCUUCAUGGUUUAUUUGAUUUUGAUUCUGCAUGUGUCAUAUGUGUCAUUCAAGGAUUCCUAGUUCAAGGAUUUC